AUGCCUUUAUCCGCACUCGCCCGCGGCUACCGUGUUCGGGGACCCAGAGUUGCGGGUUUUGGGUGGUGCAGGGGAGGUUCCAUGUUGGGAGGUUGGGAUUUGGACUGCUUUGUUCAGUACUACCAUUAUCACUUCCUUCUCCUCCUCCUCCUCCUCCACCUCCUCCACCACCCCUCCCAAUCCACCCUCCCAAUCUCACUUCCCCCACUCCCAUGA